AGGAAGGAGGGAAGGAAGGAGGAGGGGAGGAGACAGAGGGAGGAGGGGGAGUUAAAGAGGAGGAGCGGUGUAUUCAGUUGUCUGUUCAGUCGGAGCUCAGAUGGAGGUUUUUCCUCCUGCUGAGGAGAAUCUGACGGCAUGACGACGACUUCCUGAGAGAGACACACACACACAUACACACACAUACACACACACACACACAUCCUCCUCUCAGUUUCCACGGUGACGGCAUCCCUCCAUCCUCCUCCUCCACCUCCUCCUCCAUCAUAUCUCGGUCCGGCUGCUGUCAGCUUGUCUGUGUCGUCAGGAUGGUGGAUAAAGGAACCAGAGUGUUUAAGAAAGCCAGUCCUAAUGGAAAGCUCACUGUCUAUCUGGGAAAGAGAGACUUUGUGGACCACGUGGACCUGGUGGAGCCAGUCGACGGCGUCGUCCUGAUUGACCCUGAGUACCUGAAGGAGAGGAAAGUGUUCGUGACUCUGACCUGUGCAUUCCGGUACGGUCGGGAGGAUUUGGACGUCCUCGGUUUGACGUUUCGGAAAGACCUGUUUGUGGCGAACGUCCAGGCGUUUCCUCCGCUGCCCGAAGAGAAGAGUCUGACUCGUCUUCAGGAACGCCUGAUCAAAAAACUGGGGGAACACGCCCACCCGUUCACGUUCGAGAUCCCUCUGAACCUGCCGUGCUCGGUCACCCUGCAGCCGGGCCCCGAGGACACCGGGAAGGCCUGCGGCGUGGACUUUGAGGUGAAAGCGUUCUGUGCAGAAAAUGUGGAAGAAAAGAUCCAUAAAAGGAACUCGGUCCGUCUGGUGAUCCGGAAGGUGCAGUAUGCUCCAGAGAAACCGGGUCCUCAGCCCACUGCAGAAACCACCAGACAGUUCCUGAUGUCGGACAAACCUCUGCACCUGGAGGCCUCGCUGGACAAAGAGAUUUAUUAUCACGGGGAGCCGAUCAGCGUCAACGUCCACGUCACCAACAACACCAACAAGACGGUGAAGAAGAUGAAGAUCUCUGUUCGACAGUAUGCAGAUAUCUGCCUGUUCAACACGGCGCAGUACAAAUGCCCGGUGGCCACCGAGGAGUCCGAUGACGUCGUCACUCCCAGCUCCACUUUCUGCAAAGUGUUCACUCUCACUCCGUUUCUGGCCAACAACCGAGAGAAGCGAGGCCUCGCUCUGGACGGGAAACUGAAGCACGAGGACACGAACCUGGCCUCCAGCACACUGUUAAGAGAAGGAGCCAAUAAGGAGAUCCUCGGCAUCAUCGUGUCCUACAAAGUCAAAGUGAAGCUGGUCGUGUCCCGAGGCGGGCUCCUGGGAGAUCUGGCAGCCAGUGACGUCUCUGUGGAGCUGCCGUUCACGUUAAUGCACGCCAAACCUCCUGAGGAGUUUCCGUUCAGAGACGCUCCAGAUGAAGCUCAGAUCGACACAAACCUGAUCGAGUUUGACACAAACGACGAUGACAUCAUCUUUGAAGAUUUUGCCCGCCAGCGGCUGAUCGGGGCGAAGGACGACGAGGACGAGGAGCCGGUGGACUCGCCCAAACUGGACGACAGAUAAAGGCGCAGAGCGUCGCCGCCGUCUCCACCGCUGCUGUUGUUGUUUCGCUGCUGUUUGUAGUGUGGAGCUAACGGAGGUCACCUUUAGGUCCGGACACCCCUGAAACACUCGGCGGACGGUGCCGUGUUUGUGUUCUCGUUCAUGUUCGUCCUCUCUCUGCGUCCUGCUAGAAUACUGCAGCGUAGACAUCAGUUGUGUUUUCAGACGGAGCAGCUCUCCACUCCUUCGCCGACCAGCCGGAGACUCGACCCGGCGAGCGCGGCGUCGAACCGACGGCUGGUAGCAUGCCUCUAAUGUCACUUUGUUCUAUGUGUUUCCAUUAGGGAGCGAGCAGGAGUAACGUUGUGUUGAGAUUAGUUUCGAUGUGUCGUAUCAGAGGGUCUUCAUAAACACUGCCAACACUUGGGGUCCAUCUGGACGGACUUCAGUCUUCAGACGGACGGUUUUGUUAACGGUCGGCGAAGCUGCAGAGCUCCGGAGGAAGAGUCCCGACCCACCGAGAGGACCCGAGACUGUCAGAGAGCGCCACCUGUCAGCCGAGAGGAACCGGUGGCCUCGUUUGCAUGAAAUAAUGAAAUACAUCCAUUACUAUGAUUUAUUAACGUCAUAAUACUCAGCAUCUAUAGAGGACGGCCCAGACACGUGUUGAUCAUUUUACGAAUCAUCGGCAGAGUUUAGAUCCGACCAAUCACAGAAGAGUGAGUCUCGCCGCUCUCAGCGUUUCAGUUUGGUCCAAAAACACGGCGGCCGUUGAUGAUUCAGAAAAUGACGGUCAGGGAAGAGAUCGUGAACAGUUUGUCCCUCCAUGAGUCCGUGUGUCAUUAGUAUUGUGUAUGUGUGUGAUGAUGUCAUAGGUCACCUGACUGACUGAAUGAAUCUGGACAGCACAACAUCAAACACACCCCAAACAUCUUUAUUAUUUUGGCAAAUAUUGGCUUUUAUUUUGAUAGGGCCAGGAAGUAACCUGUAUAUUCCACUGCAUCUUAAAUAAAAGGACGUUCGUGGCAA